AGUGCUGUUUCCACGCGGACGAGAACCGCGGCGUCCCGUCGCCCAAACGACUCAGACUCCACGGCCGAUGGGUCAGUGCGGUCACCACAUUGGGAUCCGCCUGCCGCAUCUGGAAAGGAGAUGAUGACAUCACGCUUAAUUUCCCGCCUUCCUCUAUAUGGGUGCCGGUGUCAUCAUGCAGGACUCAUUUCACAAGCUCAGGUGCUCUACAGCAGUGACCCGACACGCGCCGGUCGACGGAUGCCCGUUACGUUCUCACGCACCCUGCAGAUUCAACCUGUGUCAUUCUGCUCUGACCUUGCCUCAAGAGAAUUCAAUCUAAUGUAUGCUUUCCCGGCUAUCAAAGGCCUGCGAGCUCUUUCGAGACUCAAACUGAUGCAGACGGGCAUCACUGUGGUCUUGCUGCCCGCUGUGUAUUACCUGUACCUGCAGGGACAGGCCUCAGGGAUGCUGGUGAGUUACACCACAGGCAUAUCAGUGUUUGCUGGCUUCAUGCUGUACUCUAUAAGCCACUAUGUCAGAAGAGUGGUGGGCAUGAUGUAUCUAGAUUCAACGCAGACCGUCCUAAAGGUGUCGCACCUGACCUUCUGGGGUCACAGGCGGGACGUGUACGUGCCCGUGUCUGAUGUCAUGACGCUGGGAGAUUCAGGGGACACCAAAGGAGAGCCGAUCCUUUGUUUAAAGCGCUACAGCAGUUCUGACACUAUGUACUUUUCCACCAGACUGGGGCGAGUGGUGGACAGGAAUGCAUUCGAGAAGGUUUUCGGGAGUUUGUCAUGAAUUUACUGUUUUGUUUAAUGUCAUAGACCACUGGAUAUUGUUUUCUCAUUGAAAAAGUGACAAAUAAAGAUG